AUGGGAAGAGAACAAAACGGAGAAGCGGAUAAAAAGUAUUUUGAAAGAAUAGAAAAUUGCACCAUACUAAAUAACCGUGGUACGAACAUUGAAAGUGCCAAAAUUGUUGUUAUUGUCACAAAAGAAAUUAAAAGUCUUCUGGUGAAAGUAGAAAUUCCCACUAUCGUUGAAGAAUCGGCCUUUCCUGAGAAAUUGUCUCGAAUAAAAGAUGAUGAAACGGAAACCGUUGUUAAUCCGGAGCAAACAACUAUUAUCUACAAUAGCGAUACUUUCAGAUUUAGAUCACAUGCUCCGCUCCGGACAAUAAUG